AUGGUGAUAUUUGCAGCUUUAUUCAUGGUCCUCUUCACCACCGUUCUCUUUGGUCAUGCCCUUGAGGCACUUUUAAGGCUACUUUCUGGCAACCAAAAUAUUGAUGUUGGAAUUAGAGGAAAUACGGAGGCAGGGGAAGAGGUACUGGAGACGUUAACACACUCACCGCCUUCACCAAGGGCUGGUGGAUCUGAGUUUGAAGUGUUUCUCAGCUUCAGAGGAGAAGACAUCCGAAAGCGUUUCAUUGGGCAUCUUUAUGAAGGCCUCGAGGAGCGUAAUAUUUCCACCUUCAUAGAUAGCGAGAAGUUGAAAAAAGGGGAGGAGAUCAACAAGCUGUUUGAGUACACAGAGAGGUCCAAGAUCUUUGUCCCCAUCUUCUCUGAACGCUUUGCAGAAUCGAAAUGGUGUUUGAAAGAGGUGACCAAAAGCGUGGAAUGCGGUAAGGAAAUAGUUCCUGUGUUCUUUGGCGUGGAACCUUCCGAUGUCCGCAACCAAAGCGGCCCCUUCAAAUCUGCGUUUAAGGACCAUCAGUCCAACAAGAAGCAGAACCAAGAGGAGGUGAGGAAAUGGAGGGAAACAUUGAAGAAAGUGGCAAAUCUCUCUGGCUUCAAUCUCAAGGACAUGAAUGGGGAUGAGGCAAAGCUAAAGCGUGCAGUCAUUGAGAUAGGGCUAGACAAAGUAAACAAGAAGCCACUUGAAGUUGCAAAGCAUCCAAUUGGAAUUGAAAGCCACGUUGAAAUCGUGAAGAAAAUGCUAGAGAAUGGAGACAAUAUUAAUGAUGUUCAUGUGGUUGGAAUACAUGGCAUGGGGGGUCUUGGAAAGACAACCAUUGCCAAGGCUGUUUAUAAUGAGUACUUAACCAAAGGGUUUAAUGGUGCCAAUUGUUUUCUUUCAAAUAUUAGGGAAAAAUCUGCCCAACCUAAUGGAUUAGUCGACUUACAAAAGCAGUUGAUUGGAGAGGUCUUGAAAGAAAAAAACAUAUCCGUAAGUGAUGCUGCACAAGGAAAAUUUUUUAUCAAAGACAGUGCUAGUCGUAAAAGAGUUCUGCUUAUCUUAGAUGACGUUGAUUCCGUAGAACAACUUGAUGCAUUGGCUGGUGGGAGAGAUUGGUUUGGCUCAGGAAGUUUGAUUAUAAUCACAACCAGAGAUGAGGAGGUCCUGCUAGCUAGCAAUGUGAAGCAGGAUGAAAUUUACAAGCCACAAGAACUGAACGAAGACCAGUCUCGAGAACUAUUCAUGCUUCAUGCAUUCAGUGGUGAACAACCACAAGGAGAGUUUGUAAACUUAUCACACCAACUAGUUGCAGCAGCUGGUGGGCUACCCUUAACCCUGGAAGUUUUCGGAUCUCUUUUGUCUUCUAAAAGGAAUGUACAGCAAUGGAAAUAUACAUUAGAGAAGCUGAAAAGGAUCCCCCCAAGCAGAGUCCAACAGAGAAAAUAUUUCUAG